AUGAUAAACCAAAAGGCGCCAUUCGUCCCCAAAACAUUGGCACAAUGGAACGGCUUGACCGGGCAAAUAAUUGUAAACAAGACGGACGGCCUGCGGAAAGAAUUUGAUUUAGAUGUCAUCAGCCUCAAGGAAGAUGGCUUGGAGAAGACAAUCGCGGGCAACAAUCGCCUGAAUAAAGUGUGGAAAAAGAUUGGCGUGUGGAACACUCAAACAGGCCUUAAUUUAACAGAAAGCAACAAGGACUCAUCCACAAAUGUGACCGACUCAAUGGCCAACAGGACACUCAUUGUCACAACUAUUCUGGAAAAUCCCUACGUCAUGCAUAAGAAAUCUGAUAAGCCCUUGUAUGGAAAUGAUCGCUUUGAGGGCUACUGCCUCGACCUGCUCAAAGAGCUCUCCAACAUUUUGGGCUUCUCCUAUGAGGUGAAGUUGGUGACUGAUGGCAAAUAUGGAGCUCAGAAUGACAAGGGAGAGUGGAACGGCAUGGUGCGAGAACUCAUUGACCAUGUGGCUGACCUCGCUGUGGCCCCUCUCACUAUCACAUAUGUGAGGGAAAAGGUGAUAGAUUUCUCCAAACCCUUUAUGACGCUGGGAAUCAGCAUCCUCUACCACAAACCCAACGGCACCAAUCCAGGGGUGUUCUCCUUCCUCAACCCUCUGUCUCCUGAUAUCUGGAUGUAUGUGCUACUGGCAUGCCUGGGUGUCAGCUGUGUGCUCUUUGUUAUUGCCAGGUUUACUCCUUAUGAGUGGUACAACCCUCACCCCUGCAACCCAGACUCGGAUGUGGUCGAAAACAACUUCACUCUAAUAAACAGUGUCUGGUUUGGAGUUGGAGCACUUAUGCAGCAAGGAUCUGAGCUGAUGCCUAAGGCCCUCUCUACGAGGAUAGUUGGUGGAAUAUGGUGGUUCUUUACGCUGAUCAUAAUCUCCUCAUACACUGCCAACUUGGCUGCCUUCCUCACUGUGGAGAGGAUGGACUCUCCAAUCGACUCUGCAGAUGACUUGGCCAAGCAAACGAAAAUAGAGUACGGUGCUGUAAGAGACGGCUCCACCAUGACCUUUUUUAAGAAAUCUAAGAUCUCAACUUACGAAAAAAUGUGGGCGUUCAUGAGCAGUAGGAAAAAUACGGCCUUGGUGAAAAACAACCGGGAGGGGAUUCAGAGGGUUCUCACCACAGACUAUGCUCUUCUGAUGGAAUCGACCAGCAUCGAGUACAUCAGCCAGCGUAACUGCAAUCUCACACAGAUUGGAGGCUUGAUAGAUUCAAAGGGCUAUGGAGUGGGAACCCCAAUUGGUUCCCCUUACAGAGACAAGGUCACCAUCGCCAUCUUGCAGCUUCAGGAGGAAGGGAAGCUGCACAUGAUGAAGGAGAAAUGGUGGAGAGGAAAUGGCUGCCCAGAGGAGGACAGCAAAGAGGCCAGUGCUCUGGGUGUGGAGAACAUUGGCGGAAUCUUUAUUGUGCUAGCAGCCGGACUCGUCCUCUCAGUUUUUGUAGCAAUUGGAGAGUUUAUUUACAAAUCCCGAAAAAACUUGGACAUCGAGGAGGUGAGUGUUGGUCAGUGCGAAUGGCAUAACAAGUAUUAACACGCUAGGGGACUUGAUCAAAGACUGUUAUAAACGCACCUACACAUUUAUGUUGUUAUCGUUGUCUUCAGAGGACUACAGUAAUCACUGGGCCAACAAGAAAUAUGAGUCUGAAUGUGUUGAACUGCAUUGUUACAAUCAAAAAAGAAAUGCUUUUUAAUAAAGAGUUGAGUGUUUUCAGUAGUUUUAAUGUAGAGCUCAUGGACAUUUUAGUCUUAAUUGGAAGAAUACUUUUGAAACCCUUUCCUAUGAUGACAGAUGGUUGUUGACUUCUGACAUCAUGACACUUGACCAUCUUGGCCUUGCUUUUUUUGCAAAAAAACUGUUACAUUGUUUUGUGUGGAACAAAAAGGUAAUUGUCAUGCCAUGAUAUUGUGAAUACGUUAGCAAGAGUUAUUUUUUAAGGCUUGUUUGUCGUAUUAUUAUGAACAACUGCAGUAGGGUUGGGAGGGUUCUGUAAAAUGUUUUGGUAAUUUUCAUAUUAAGAGUGCAAAGAAACUUCUUACCACUUUUGUAUGUAUUCAUGUAUUUAAAAAAUAAUAACUUGAUUUAUUCAUGUUUCCAUUUUGUUUUUGAGUGUUCCCACAAAAUGUUAUUCAAGUUGUUUUACACUCAGGCCAUCAGUUGCUUACUGUCUGCUGUUUUCUUUUGCUUUUGUAUCAUAUCAAGUUCACAAACAUGCAUGUAUAUGUUUCGUCAAGUUGGAAUUGUUUCAGAAUGACUAAAGUUAUGUGAGAACAUUACGUCCUUUAACCUUUUAUUUCCACUUGUUUUGGCUUUGAUUUCUCCCUUUCUCUGCACGCACAGAUUUUUCCCUUCCUUGGUGGAGAGGUUAGCAAGUGGGAUAAAUUUGCACAAUUUCAAAUUCCAGCUGUCCCAGUUUGAAUAUUUGAUGGUUGUGAUCCUUUUUAGUUCCCUUAUAAUUUGUUUCUGGGGAACAAUUUUCAUUAGACAAUUCACUCGUGUAAUCUGAGAACAGGGGUUAUUAUGAGUUCAGUAAACUCAGGUUUGCUUGUUGUUGUUUUUGGCCUGCACUAUAGAAAUCAUACUUUAUUACACGUAUUAUUUUGUAUGCAUACAUACUUCAAUGUAUAUCACCAUGGUCUUAUUUUUGGCAUACAUAGAUGUUGCUUGCAAGCACCUCAACAAUUAACCAACUAUUAUACUUUUGUAAAUUAAGAAUAUAAAGCAGCACAACUAGUCUUAACCACAGUUAUGUUGGUUUUGCACAGAAUGUAAAGCAACUCAUCGUGCAGCAGUUGACAUUUAGCGAGAUGUUUUUAGGAUUAAAGGUUAACUCGGGUGGUCUCAUUGGCUGAGGACACAUGUCACUGUCUCAGCUUCUUGUAUCCCUGACUCCCAUUUCUCUUAGCUUCCUCUCAGUUCUAAUCAGACACAUAUUCACCUCACUCGGGCUUAGGCUUGUAAAUAACAUCCUCAUUAUGAAGUGGAUUACAAACACAUAUUAAACACUCCUGGUUUACAGGCCACACAUGUCCCACAUUAGAUUAGAAAAUCCUGCAUAUGUAAUGAAAUUCUUCUUCCCCGAAAUCCAACAGUUCAUUCUGAGCUCUGCUUGUUCUGCCUCUGCUUUAUAGGAUUUCUGCCACAUUCAAUUUGAUGUGACAUAAUUUCAGGUUUGAAAUAAUAAUACCUGUAACUAAGGACAGAUUGGUGGGAUUUAUGAACAACAACUAUGAUUGACUACUAGUGAUUAUGAGUUUUGCAAAGAUGAUUUUUGACUUACUUCUUGCUUUACACAUACAACAUUGAUUCAAUAUAAUGCUAAUUUGCUUUUUGUGAUAGCCCAAACAUUUAAUGGGAAUCUAAUACAAAUGUUGCAUUUAUUGGCAACACCCAUUUGCUCACAAUGACACUGCAGUUUUGAUCAUUUAAUUAGUAUUGCCGGAAAAAACAUGUUAGUAUUAAAACCUUUAAGUUUAAAUUAGAAAAGUUUAACGGUAUGUGAAUGCCCACCAUGAAAGAAAAAGGAGAUAAUACAUUUUGAAAUGAAAUCAUGAACUUUGAGGGAAUUUUUCAGGUACCACAAGUUUGAAACUAGCAACAAUCAUAAGAUUACAGGUGUUAACAAUACUAAGCUCUAAAAACUAUAAACUCCCAGCUGUUUCCAUUUGAGAGAUGUGUCUUAGUGACUGAAACCGUAUGACGCCAGGUCAAACUCUAACAAUCAACUGGAACAAUACUGUGAUGUUAAAGAUGUUUUGAAGACCAGUGUGUUUCUUCAUUUUGACCUGUUGAUUUAGCGCUGUGUCUUCCUUUUCUUUGCUUUUACUAUUUUACUUUACAGUUUCCUUUCAAUGUUGUGAUGGAGGACCUGGGUAUGUUUUUAGUCACAUGACAAUGAAGAGAAUAGUCAAAGCAAAUGAGAGAGCAGCAUUACACAGCAUGUUCCUUUGCCAUACAGACACACUUUGAGAAAACAAAUCUAAUGUAUUGAGUUUUUAAAACAUGAUUUGACUGCUGUUAUAUUGAUUGAUAUACAUUUGUUAAUAAAGAUAAAUCUUAUAUUAAGUUUAAAUUGUUGUUUUAAAUUGUUAAGAGAGCUGCACCUCUAGCCACCAGCUUCAAAUGAGAUGCAUAAUUGAACUGGAUAUCUUUUGGAUACAUUUGAGAAUCUUUGUAAAUUAUGUUUACUGUUUGCACUCAAAGGAAUCAGCAACCAUAAUAUAAAAUGAUCUAACUGUUUAUUCUGUCAAAUCCAAUGAAAAUGCUGUAUAACGUAUGUGAAUUUGUUAAAAGAAUGAUGGCUUCCCCCUUUGGAGAUAUGUUCUGUGCUGCUUAAGAAAAAAUGAUUUAAUUCCUAAUCUAACUUUCAAUACAGAAAAGUUCAUUAAAAACGAUGCAG